AAAGAGUUCAACGCAGGUUUAUGUAUCUGUCCCUUGCUCCCUGAUCACAUCCGGUACUGAUGUCCUCCAUCACCGUUGACCAAACACGAGUAGAGAACAUGGCAGAGCAACCGUUACAAGAAAUUUCCACGGAGGCGCCACCUCCAGCUCCCCCUCCACCACCACCACCGCCGUCCCCAGGUGUGGUGCCAAUCCAACUAAAGGACUGCAUUAAAGAUCUGCUGAAGUUCACACUGACUUCCUGUGUAGAUGGAGAACUUGACUUGGGCCUCUCUAAAGAUUACUGCUCUCAACUUCUCCAACGGGAUGAUCAUCCCUCCACUCCUUCCUCCUCCUUCCCCUUAUCAUCAUCUACCGGGGUUCCAUCAUAUCCUUUAUAUAAGCACCUAGCAGCAUGCUUGUAUCACUCUAUAUCUUGUGGAGGAUUGUUUCGGAUUUCUGACAAACUUGAUUUCGUUCAUCAUGAAGAUAAUCCCUUGAAGCUGAAAGAAGAGGAGUGGACUAAGUUAAUCAAUGAAAAGGGUUCUCAGUUGCUGAAUAUGUUGGCAACUGUGGAUUUUGAACUCCACGUCCAGGAAUCUUUCUUUUCUCAGCUGAAGGAUGCACGCAAGACGGUUGAAGGAAGGUGUGCAGUUGGGAACUACAACAGAAUUGUACCAGGAGCUUUCAUUCUCUUCAAUAAAAGUUUGCUUCUUCAAGUUCAGGAUGUCCAUAAAUAUAUUUCAUUCCAUGAGAUGUUGGAGGCAGAAAGUCUUCAAAGAGUUCUCCCUGGAGUAAAAAACAUCGAAGAAGGAGUGCAAGUCUACAGGAACUUCUACUCAGAAGAGAAAGAAAGGUCAAAUGGUGUCCUUGCCAUUUGUGUAACAAAACCAACAUCUCAGCUGUACAGUUGUAUGGCCGCUAUACUCUUGGGAUUAAGUUAUGGUGGUAUCAGAGUGAUGUUGAAUAUGGUGCAUACUGUGGGAACCGUUUCGGAGAGGCUUCCUCCAUCGACAUCAACUCUUAUCUCAUCAUUUUUAACACCACAUAAUCCACAUGUUAAAGGAUCUAGGCUGACUAAUGGAGCUCGGGCCUUGGCAAAGCAUGUCAACAGGAGCAGUGACAAGUAUUGGGGUAACUUCUGUGGAAGUGGUAUUUAGAAGAUAAAAGUUAACCAGAAAAGAAGAUUGGUAACAAGAUGGAGACAGAUAGAAAAGUAGAUACAAUGAAAGAAAAACACUGCUGCAGUAGAAAAGAUUGUGAAAGCAGGAAGCAAACCUGAGACUUAUAGUUGUUGCACUAGUUCUCCAUCUUAUGAAGUUGAAUGGAGUAAUUUAUCACAUGAUCAUAUAAUAGAAUUGCACAGUUAUUCUCUUUGUUGCCACGUGUUAGCUACAUGCGGUUAGCAAUACUAACUGAGAACGAUAAUAGUUUUGUGAAAUCAUCAUUUGUAAUUGGAAGUAGACGUGUACUAUUUGGGAAGAUUUGUGUUGAGCUUGUAUGUCUUCUUUGAAGUUAUGGUUUGACCAUCGUAGAGGCCUAAUAUGAUGAUUUUCUGGUUAUAAAAACUGGAUUGAUGAAUUCUCAGAAAUGAGAAUCAAAAUUAACGCACAUACAUGUCUCCAGACAGACUUUCAUUUGAGAAGAUAAGCUAUGAUUGUCUCUAAAAUGCCAGCCCCUGCCAUUUUUAUGACAAUUCUUCUCGCUCCUCCAUCUAAACUAUAGCCCAAGAAAGAGAAUCAUCAACCUUAAUUUUUUAUUGACAUUUUCCCUCCUUUUUUUCCUUCUUCUUUCUUCCUUUUCAUUCCUUUCCUUUACCUCUUUUUCUCCCAAAUACCACUAUUUUUGGGCCUCCAUUGGCAUUUUCUACAGGCGUUGUAUAUCUUUCCAUCACCUUUGGUGCUCCAACUCAAUUAGCUGCACUUACAUUUGUGUGAGGUUGACAGCUGCCAGAAACUUCCAAAAUGCACUUUCUUAUGAACUUGUCCUACUUGGGUUUUGACUUGCAGGCUGUGUCAACUUGUAGAUCUUUUGUUAGUUUUCAUAAUAAAGUGCAUCGAUAAGCACUAUACAGUAUGGCAUUUUGGGAUCAGGUCCAAUUUAAAAAAAUGAAUGUUCAAGUGCCUUCUUUUUGUUUAUGGAUAAAUAGGUAUUAAUUUCUCAUAUU